UAUUCACUGUGUCUGUGUGAGGAUGGCUGCAACUAAAGAGACCUCAGGGAACCCAGUGUGAGCCAGAGUGUGUGAGCCCUUUCACAGACCCUCCCCUCACUGCUGCCGUACUGCAGACAUCCUACCUGGCCUGACCAGCUCCCAUCCUGCAGACUGGACACCAUCACCACCACAGGAGCAGGACAAUAUCCAGAGUCUAAGUGGAACUUAACCUGAACAACACCUGAAACAGUCUUCAUUUUUCCCUAUGAUUCUCUCUUUCGCUCACGUUCACCUUACCCUGUCCUGAACACUGAGCUGGGCUGAGUAUAUUGGAGACCUGAGACUGCAGCACUGUAUCGUGAGAGAACAGGUGGUGAUGUCCCCCUCUCUGUACUGGUUCUUGCUGCUCUGUAGACUCCACAGUCUCUGGGCUCAGAAUGACUAUGAUGAGAGAACCGUGGACAGGAGAGGCAAGAACAAACUACUGACAACCAACGUCAUACCCAAGAAUGGCCAAUCACUUUUGAACGAGGGCUGUGGCCUGGAACUGGCCUUCCUGGUGGACAGCUCGGAGAGCGCCAAGGACAACCACGCCCAGGAGAAGAUGUUCGCCACAGAUGUGGUUGAACGCCUGCAGGUGGUCAAGCUCCAGACGGGCCGGGCUCUCAGCUCGCGAGCCGCCCUCCUGCAGUUCAGCAGCCAUGUGAUCAUCGAGCAGACCUUCAAGCAGUGGAGGGGGGUGGCCAACUUCAAGACUCGCAUCGCACCCAUCAGAUACAUCGGCCACGGCACCUACACCACCUACGCCAUCACCAACCUGACCAAGAUCUAUAUGGAAGAGUCAGAGCCAGGGAGCAUCAGGGUGGCCAUACUGCUGACGGACGGCAUCCCCCACCCCAGGAACCCAGACAUCUUCUCCGCCGUGGCAGACGCCAAAAACCAGGGCGUGAAGUUCUUCAUGGUGGGCAUCACGCCCGCGGCCAAUGACGCCUCCAACGUGGCACAGCUUCGCCAGCUGGCCAGCUCCCCAGCCAAUCGCUACCUACAUAACCUUCAGGACAGGGGCAUCGUGGACAAGGUCAUCAAAGAGAUUACGGAGUUGGCUGAUGAGGGGUGUCCUCUGGCCCUGAAGUGUGCGUGUGACAAGGGAGAGAGGGGACCCAUUGGCCUCCAGGGCAAGAAGGGGAAUUCUGGAGAUGAUGGGAACCCAGGUGUUAAAGGAUCGAAGGGUGAGAGCGGGCACAGUGGACUUCCUGGUCGAGAUGGGGAAGAGGGCAAGCCAGGCUACAAAGGAGAGCAGGGGGAGAGAGGAGAAUGUGGCACGCCUGGAAUCAAAGGAGACAGGGGGCCUGAGGGGCCCGUUGGCACCAGGGGAAACAGAGGGCUACAGGGGUUACCUGGUCCAAAUGGCGAUGUCGGGCCUGAGGGUCUCAUGGGGAAAAAAGGGGAGCGGGGACUUUCUGGGCCACCUGGAAUCCAAGGAGAAACUGGGAUUGGGCUUCCUGGACCCAAGGGUGAUGUGGGGUUCCAGGGGCGACUGGGGCCUCCAGGGCCACCUGGCUUAGGGGAGCCUGGACUACCGGGGCCUCAAGGGCCACAGGGCGUCCAAGGAGAGAAGGGUCCUAUAGGAGAAGGCUUCGCCGGGCCAAAGGGGGACCGGGGCCUGGAGGGGCCGAGGGGGCCCAGAGGACAGCCUGGCGCUGGAAUCAAAGGAGACGAGGGUGGCUUUGGCCCUCCAGGUUUUCCAGGGCCUCUCGGCCUGCCAGGGCUGGGCAUUCAGGGGGAGAAGGGUAUGGAGGGGCCUCGGGGGCCACCAGGGGGCAGGGGUCCACAAGGAGAUGGAUAUCCAGGGCCCAAGGGUGACCAGGGCUUACCAGGGGAGCUAGGUUCAACAGGAGAGAGAGGGGCUGGUGAACCUGGGGCUAAGGGUGAGCCAGGAGCGUCAGGAUUGGCUGGUUUUCCUGGCCUCCCAGGAGAGGAUGGGGCCCCGGGACAGAAGGGUGAACCAGGUGUUGGUGGUCUGAGGGGACCAGAGGGAGCUGCUGGAAUUGGCACCCAGGGUGAGAAGGGAGACCAGGGCCAGAGGGGCAUUCGGGGCUUGGGUGGGCCUCCUGGAAUUGCUGGGCCCUCUGGAGCAAAGGGGGAGCCUGGGACACCAGGUCGACUGGGUAUGCCAGGACUCCCAGGGCGGGGCAUCAUAGGACCUAAGGGCGAUCUUGGCCCACCUGGUCCAUCUGGACCAUUAGGGGAGACAGGCUACGGGCUGCCUGGUCCUAAGGGUGAUCGUGGAGGUCCUGGUCCGUCUGGUCCAUUUGGGCCCAAAGGUGAUGGUUAUCCUGGCCCUACGGGAACUCCUGGUCUACCGGGGCUUCCUGGUGAACCAGGCCUGGAGGGGCUGGGCAUCCCUGGACCGAAGGGCGAUAUUGGCUUCAGGGGCUUGCCAGGUUUAGCAGGCCCCCCCGGCGAGGGGCUACAAGGUCUACCGGGUGGCAUUGGACGACCGGGCCCACCAGGGCCAACGGGGCCCCCUGGGCAGGGUAUUCAGGGCCCAAAGGGCGAGGCAGGGUCUCAGGGCGUGACAGGUCCUCGGGGGCCACCAGGGGAAGGAUUCCCAGGGGCCAAGGGUGACCGCGGCUCUGGAGGGGAGAGGGGCCUGAAAGGGGUCAAAGGUGAUUUGGGUGACCCUGGAGUUCCUGGCCAAUCAGGCAGACCAGGGUUCAAAGGUGACAUGGGCCUCACAAGAGAAGACAUCAUUAAAAUGAUCAAGGAGAUUUGUGGUUGCGGAAUCAAAUGCAAGGAGCGGCCCAUGGAGCUGGUGUUCGUCAUUGACAGCUCGGAGAGCGUGGGGCCGGAGAACUUUGAGAUCAUCAAGGACUUUGUGGCGGCCCUGGUGGACCGCGUGACGGUGGGCCGCAACGCCACCCGCAUCGGCCUGGUCCUCUACAGCCUGGAGGUCAAGCUAGAGUUCAACCUGGCGCGCCACAUGACCAAGCAGGACGUCAAACAGGCCAUACGAAAUAUCCCUUAUAUAGGUGAGGGCACCCACACAGGCACCGCCAUCCGCAAGGCCACCCAGGAGGCCUUCUACAGCUCUCGCAAAGGGGUGAGUAAAGUGGCUAUAGUUAUUACGGACGGACAGACGGAUAAGCGGGAGCCGGUGAAGCUGGAUAUUGCGGUGCGGGAGGCGCACGCAGCCAACAUCGAGAUGUACGCAUUGGGGAUCGUGAAUACGUCAGACCCCACGCAGUCCGAGUUCCUGAGGGAGCUCAACCUGAUCGCGUCAGAUCCUGAUAGUGAACACAUGUACCUCAUUGAUGACUUUAACACGCUGCCAGCUCUGGAGUCCAAGCUAGUCAGCAAGUUCUGUGAAGACGAGAACGGUGAUCUGAUAUACAACCGUGUCACCAAUGGAUACAGGAACGGGAAGAAUGGGAACUAUGGCAACGGGAACUAUGGCAAUGGCUACGGGACCACCAACCAGGAGGACUUCAACAACGGGAGGCGAACAGUCACCACUACCAGCACUCAAAGUCAGGGUGGCAGGGUAGACCUAACCCAGCCUAUUGACCUUGGCACUGCCACAGUACAGAAAGGGCAGCGUAAGGGAGGCCAGGAUGGAAGUGUUUACACCUCAGAUUGGGAGACUGGUCGCGGGGACGUUCCCACGUUGAAGCGCAACACGUCCUCCUCCUCCAGGGAAUCCUCAUCUUCAAAUACAAGAGGGUCCUCUUCCUCAUCAGGAACGUCAUCAGGAACGUCAUCUUCAUCCUCUGGGUCCUCAGGCUCUGUCCAGUUAGUGCCUGCACCACGACCCAAACUUCCCAAAGAGUUUGUGCCUCUGGACCCUCGCUGUGCACUGGUCCUAGACCAGGGCCCAUGUCGGGAUUACAAAAUGCGCUGGUACUACGACAAGCAGGCCAACGCAUGCGCCCAGUUCUGGUACGGAGCCUGUGAGGGGAACCAGAACCGCUUCGACACAGAGGAGGAGUGCAAGAGGACAUGUGUGCAAGAACGAGCCGGCUGAGAAGACAUCUGUCGUUGUCUCGCUCAAUUCAGUCUUUAAACUGAUGUUCCAUGGCACCGUGUACUUCACAAUGGAAGGACGUCAAGUCAUGACACUAUGACACAACUAUUGAAUAAAUGCUCCUUUGACACUCCCUAGUUCCUCUCUCCUACCCUUGAUCUAAAACUCUACGCACUUAUUAUAAAUAUUCCUAAACUAAUUCCAGUGACUGAUUUGAACUUUAAUUUUACCGCCAAUCUCUGUAUAAUGUUUCCUUAAAGGUCCAAUGCAGCCGUUUUUAUCUCAAUAUCAAAUCAUUUCUGGGUAACAGUUAAGUACCUUACUGUGGUUUGGAACUCUCUUUCGUAUUGGUCCAUUAACUAAUUUACCAUCUGGUGAUGUCACCAUGGAAGGCCAAACCUCCAACCCACCAAAACAGGCUGAAAUUUCAGUCAUUUUUCAACCUUAUAGCGUGGAAAUAUAUAUAUAUAUAUAUAUAAAAACACGUUUUUGACUGCACUGGGCCUUUAACUUAACAUUACCAUUUUCAUUCAAAAUGAAUUGAUAGCUCAUCAUAUAACAUCAUUUUAACACACAAUUCAGUCAAUCUCACUCAGGAAUGUAGUCAAGAUAUAAUAGAAAAUACCACUUUCUGUAUUAGACACUGAUUCACAGAUGAAUUAAUACAUACAUGGUUCCAGUGCCAAAUCAGAAUGGUCUAUAGAUUUGUUUCGAUAGAAUCAGUAUGUAUUGUAUAUAUCUCAUGUCAUAACUAUUUUAUGCUGAUCACUGAUUUUAUAUUGCUAGCGUAAUUAUAAUAUCGGCUUUGUUCAAAUUGAGGAAUAUUAACAUUGGUGCCACAACAUGUUCCUGCAAUAAUGCUAUUCAUCUAGCUUGUGACCCAGUAUUAACACGUUUACAGAAACUAUGAGCAAGUCAUUUUAUUUCCAAGAAGAACCAACCCUGUAUCAACUCACUGUGCUGUCAACAAACCAUGCUAGGAAAUGACAACGGUGCUCUACCGUUCAUGUCUAGGGAUAGUUUUGUGCAUUUGAAUGUGUUGUUUGUUUUUUUUUACCAAGAUUUUUAUGAAUAAAAAUGAUGAUUUUGUUUUGUUCGUCU